AGUUGGGGUAGGGUUGAUUUAUUGAGUUUGUCGAAGGAUGGAGAUAUCACAUUGGGUGGCAUCUUUCCAAUGCACUCUUACCACGUUGAGCAUCGAGACCUCUCAUUCAGCAAUCACUUGGAGCCGGCAAAAUGCCUCAGCUUUCAGUUCAGACACUUCCGUUUUGCGCUGGCGAUGAUUUUUGCCAUAGAGGAAAUAAAUAACGACACAACUCUGCUUCCUGGGGUCACUCUGGGAUACCGCAUAUAUGAUUCCUGUAAUUUGCCCCAGUUAUCGUUAAAAGCAGCCUUGGCGUUUCUAAACAACCCUGAGGCAAAUGCACAUUCUGCUAACUGUAAAAGCUCCUCCAUUGUUUCUGCGAUUGUCGCUGAUUCUGGAUCUACGCAGACUUUAGCAAUAGCACCUUCCAUUGGUACCUUCAGAAUCCCUAUGGUGAGCUACUUUUCUACAUGUGCGUGCCUUAGCAAUAGAAAGGAGUAUCCAUCAUUUUUUCGAACAAUACCGAGUGAUUACUAUCAGGUUCGAGCAUUAGCCCAGCUGGUGAAGCAUUUCGGAUGGACCUGGAUUGGGACAGUUAAGAGCGAUGAUGACUAUGGAAACUUUGGAAUGCAAGCAUUUGAAGAAGCAGUCCAACAAUUUGGUGUUUGUAUAGCUUUUUCUGAGUCAUUUCACAAAUCAUACACUCGAGAUAAGUUACUGAAAACAAUUGACACAAUAAAAACAUCUUCUGCAAAUGUUGUUGUUGCCUUUGUGGAAGAAUCAAACAUGCAUAUUCUGCUAAAAGAAAUGAUUAGACAAAAUGUCAGCGGCAUACAAUGGAUUGGAAGCGAAUCAUGGGUUUCCACAUUUCUUCUUACUCCGAAGGAAAGCAAAAAGAUUGCUUCUGGUGCAAUUGGAGUUGCAAUUCACAAAGUCAGUAUACCAGGAUUGAGGGAGUUCCUAAUGAAAAUUCAUCCAUCCUUAUAUCCAGGGAACCUCUUGGUAAAAACAUUUUGGGAAAGUUGUUUCAGCUGCAGUGUAAGUGAUGGAAACAAAACUAAUUCUCAAAAAACUGACUCGGAGCUAAAGAAAUGCACAGGGAGAGAAAAUCUACAGAAUGUCCAAAAUGAAUUUACUGAUAUGUCGCAAUACAGAAUCACUUACAACGUGUAUAAAGCAACUUAUGCGAUAGCUCAUGCACUUCACAAUAUGGCAUUGUGUAAAACAGGGGAAGGACCUUUUUUCAAUGGAAGUUGUGUAAAUCUUUCAAAUUUUCAACCAUGGCAGUUGCUAUAUUACAUGAGAACAGUGAGUUUCAUAACCAAGAUUGGGGAAAAGGUUUAUUUCGGUGAAAACGGAGACCCUGUCGCAACAUAUGACAUUGUAAACUGGCAACCAAAUGCCCUCGGUAAUGUUGACAUUGUAAGCGUUGGUCACUAUGAUGGGUCAGCUCGUUCUGGAGAAGAGUUUUCAAUAACAGAAGAGGCAAUCGUUUGGAGUGGUGGUCAGAAGUCGGUUCCUAAAGCUGUUUGCUCUGAAAACUGUCAUCAAGGAACAAGGAAAGCAGAAAGAAAAGGACAACCCAUUUGCUGUUUUGAUUGCAUAAAAUGUGCACGCGGUGAAAUUAGUAACACAACUGAUGCUGUUCAUUGCAUAAAAUGUCCAUUGGAAUUCAAAUCUAAUGAAAGACGGGACCAGUGUAUUCCAAAAGAAAUUGUGUUUCUUUCCUUUUUCGAGACAAUGGGAAUCAUUUUGGUGACACUGGCGCUGUUGGGAGCCUGUGCCACUGUUGUUGUAUUUGCAAUAUUCUAUGUCUGUCGGCACACUCCAAUUGUAAAAGCUAAUAACUCUGAGUUAAGCUUCCUUCUUCUUUUCGCCCUGACACUUUGUUUUCUGUGUUCAAUUACAUUCAUUGGGACACCUUCAGUUUGGUCAUGUAUGCUCUGCCAUGUCACCUUUGGUAUUAGUUUUGUUCUUUGCAUUUCUUGUGUAUUGAGUAAAACAAUUGUCGUGGUGAUGGCAUUCAAAGCAACAUUUCCCAGCAAUAAUAUGAUGCAGUGGUUUGGACCAAGACAACAACGGCUGAUGGUUUACAUCCUUACACUGGUACAAUGUGUAAUAUGUACUGCCUGGUUAAUUGUAUUUCCACCGUAUCCUUUGAAAAACACCAGUCGCUCGAAUGAGUUAAUCGUGUUUGAGUGCAAUGUAGGAUCUUCGUUCGCCUUUUAUUGUGUUUUUGGCUAUAUUGGAUUUUUGUCCUGCAUGUGUUUUGUGGUAGCUUUCCUCGCUCGACGACUUCCAGAUAACUUCAACGAAGCUAAACACAUAACGUUUAGCAUGCUUAUCUUUUGCGCAGUUUGGAUAACGUUCAUUCCAGCUUACAUAAGUUCGCCAGGGAAAUAUGCUGUGGCAGUUGAAGUAUUUGCUAUCUUGGCCUCCAGCUUUGGUCUGCUUAUUUGCAUUUUUGCUCCAAAAUGCUAUGUUAUUCUUCUUAAGAAAGAAAGCAAUACAAAGAGGAACAUGAUGGGAUCAGUGGCUUUGAAAAAAAGCUUUGAAAAUGUUCAUAAAUGA